ACUUUCUUAGGACUGUUUGAUGAGAAUGAGAAUGAUGCCAAUGGUAUAGUCAACAUUCUGAAAUAUCUUCAUAAGUAUGUUCCAAACCAAGGUGAUGCAGAAGAGAGAGUGUAUGCUUCUCAAGGAGUGGUUGGUGACCAGCUAAGUAUAGAGCGAGCAGUGAACGGUAAAGUCUCACUAGCCAAUGGCUUUACUCCUGAAGAGAGACUUGAUGGGUUACAUUUUGAGGUGGCAGAUUGGCAUGCUGGAAACAAAUUCUUAGAGGUAAGUUCACAAUAAAGAAUGAGGAAUAUUUUGGGUGUUGUAAGUCAUGUGAAUUUAUGACAGGACAUUAAAAUAGAUUUUACCUCAAAAUUCUUACAAACAUAUAUUAUACUCACUGUGCAUUAUUUAUAA